GGCGGAAUCCCACACUGGCUUGGACCGUGGUAGACGCUGCAGUCUGGGAAUGGCUACAUUGUGAUUCUAGAUUGGGGAAAAGUGGAUACACACCUCGAUCGUCAAAGAUUUUGUAAUUCAAAGAAAGGCGGUCCUGGAGAGGUCUCCAUGAAUGUACGUCACAAUGAUGAUGACGGACCAGAUGCUGGACCUUCCGCCGCCACUGCUGAACGGCGAGGUUUCUGUCAUGCACCCCAUGAUGAACGGGGACACGUCGCAGCAGGUGAUCGUGGUCCAGGUGAACCCAGGCGAGACGUUCACCAUCCGGGCAGAGGAUGGAAGCCUGCAGUGCAUACAAGGGCCAGCUGAAGUUCCCAUGAUGUCACCCAAUGGCUCCAUCCCACCAAUCCACGUGCCCCCAGGCUACAUCUCCCAGGUCCUGGAGGACAACACCGGGGUGCGACGUGUGGUGGUGACCCCCCACUCGGAGUGCUACCCCCCGAGCUACUCCCCGGCGCUCUCCCCCACCCACCACAUGCCCCCUCCCUACAUGGCGCACCCCCACUUCAUCCCCGCCUCCCACACGGCCUACUACCCCCCAGCCAGCCCGGGGGACGUGCCCCCCCACCAGUACUACCAGCACCGGCUGCCCCGCCUCUACGCGGACGACAUCAUCCACAACAUCCACUACAACAUGACCUCCUACAUCAGCCGAGGGGAGGAGGCCUACUGCAAGCCGCUGCCCAAGAAGCCCAAGGGCCCGUCGGAGCGCCCCGGCGGCGGCCUCAACCGGGUCAACAGCCCGCCCUCCUCCACCGCCUACAAGAGCGGCUCGGGCUGCGGCGCCACCGCCAACGGCUACCCCAAGAGCCACGGCGGAGCGGGCAGCACGGGCGGCGGCAGUGGAGGAGGAGGAGGAGGAGGAGGAGGAGGAGGAAGCCCAGGGAACAAGCGUCCAGAGCGCAGGUCCAGGGGGAGCCCCAAGAGUACGGACGCAGAACAGCAGCAGCAGCAGCAGCAGGAUCAUAAUGUAGAGGGCCGAAGAGUCCAAGAUAUGCUCUCAGGAAUGGACAAACCACAGGUGUCUAAGGUGCAGUCUCGCUCAGCACUGGUGUCCUGGGCCCCGGUGACGGUUGCUAGUGGGCAGGGUGACGCUGCCUCCUCCUGUAGCUACGAGCUCAUGCUGACCGAUAAGGGCAUCGACGGGAAGUACCGUGUGGUCUACAGUGGGGAAGAGCUCGAGUACAACCUCACAGACCUGCGGCCGGCCACAGACUACCACGUCCGUGUAAGCACGGUGUCUGACUCUGUGAGGGGUCCGCGUUCCGAGGCGGGGACAUUCACCACCCACUGCGGCCCACCGGACACCCCCCUCCCCCCCAGACUCUCCCAUCGCUCCAGGAGUUCACUCACCCUCCAGUGGAAGCCUCCAAUAGACAACGGGUCAAGGAUCACCAGCUACAUAUUAGAAUGGGAUGAGGGCAAAAAGAACGGCACGUUCCGAGAGUGCUACUACGGCAACCAGAGGCACUUUAAAGUUACACGGCUCUGCCCAGCCACAGGCUACACAUUUCGGGUGGCGGCACUGAAUGACAUUGGGACCAGCGGCUACAGCCCGGAGGUGGCCUUCCAGACGACGGGCAGCCAGCCUCAGCUGCCCCCGGCCCCGCAGCUCCAGAGGGCCGGCAGCGGCUGCCUGACGCUGGAGUGGGUGCGCCCCGGAGGCUGCGGCCCCGACGAGCCCGUCACCUACGUCCUGGAGCUCCAGGAGGACAGCCAGGGACCAGAGUUUCACUCCAGGUACAACGGUACGGACGUCAGUUGCAGAGUGGACGGCCUCAAGCGGAGCACCCAGUAUAGCUUCAGGCUCACCGCCUGCAGUGCAGAGUGGCGGAUCGGCCCGAGCGCGCUGCUGGUGUGCAAGACCACCCCGGAACAGCCGGGACCGCCGACCGACCUCGCCGUCAGGGACGUCACUUCGCACGGCUUCUGUGCUUUAUGGCAACCUCCAGAAGAUGACGGCGGCUCAGAGGUUCUGAUGUAUAUCCUGGAGCUCCUGGAGGAAGAGACUCAAGAGGUUCAGUGGGAGGAGGUGUAUAAAGGCCCUGCCCUGGAGCGGGUGUGUGAGGGCCUGAGGCCGACCACCUGCUACUCGUUGAGGGUCCACUGCCUCAGUGCCGGAGGCCAGAGCCAGCACUCUCAAAGCCUGUCUGUCCGGAGCCUGGGCCUUCCGCCGGCCGCCUGCCAACCGCCCAGAGUCAUGGGAAAUGUCAAGCACAAGGAGGUCCACUUAGAAUGGGAUCGACCUGUGUGCGAGGGCGCCGGCGAAGCGGUCGAGUUCACCGUGGAGAUGUGUGCCGUAGAGAGUCCCGCCGAGCAGGAGACGGAGACACAGCAGCAGCAGGAGGAGGAGGAGGAGGACCAGCCGCAGGAGCAGCAGGAGCAGCAGCAGGAGCAGCAGGCUGGCGCCCUGUGCCAAGCCCAGCCGGUGGAGGUGUACCACGGAGGGGCCACCGAGUGCACCGUGGGCAGCCUGCUCCCCGGUGCCACCUACACGUUCCGCGUUCACGCUGCCAACGACGGCGGGGCGGGGCCCUACUCCGAGGCCCUCACGGUCACCACGGCAGCAGGACCCCCGGGUCAGUGCGGUGAGCCCCACGUGACCAUGACGUCUCACACCAGCGCAGCGGUCAGCUGGGAGAGCUGCGAGAGCUCCGGCGCCGACGUCUCCGAGUACUGGCUGGCCUGGGGCCGGGACCUGGACUCUCUGCAGGUGGUCUACCGCGGCGUGGACACGUCCUGCGAGAUCUCCGACCUGGAGGCGUCCACGGAGUACUGCUGCAGGUUACAGGCAGCCAACCAGGAUGGGGCGGGCCCCCAUAGCGAGCUGGUCACCUGCCGGACCCCCGCAGCCGCCCCCAGCGUCGUCCCCUCCCUUCUCCUCCAGGAGCCCCCGGCCUCGGACGCCGACCUCCACCCCCCCUCCACCUGCCUGCCCCUGGCCUGGGAGGAGCCCUCCUGCAACGGGGCGGAGAUCACCUCCUACUCCGUCGUCAUGGGAGACCGGGCGUUUACCGUCGGCAACGUGACGUGCUACGUGGUGACGGGCCUGCAGCCGAACACCGAAUACAGCGUCCAAGUCCAGGCUGAGAACGAGAUCGGCGCCGGUCCACUCUGCGAGCCCCUGCUGGUGCGGACCCGACCGCUGCCCCCGGCGCCGCCCCGUCUGGAGUGCGCCGCCGUGGGGCCCCAGAGCCUGAAGCUGCGCUGGGGGGACAGCAGCCGGGCCCCGAGCAGCGAGGACGUCACAUACACCCUGCAGAUGGAGGACAAGAACCAGAGGUUCGUGGCCAUCUACCGCGGGCCGAGCCACACGUUCCGCGUGCAGCGGCUGAGCGAGUCGAGCCGCUACAGCUUCCGGAUCCAGGCGGUCAGCGAGGCGGGGGAGGGGCCCUUCUCCGAGACCCUCGUCCUGAGCACGUCCAAGUCUGUGCCUCCAACACUCAAAGCCCCAAGAGUGUCCCAGCUGGAAGGCAAUGCCUGUGAGGUCACAUGGGAGGCCGUGCCCCCCAUGCGAGGAGACCGCAUCACCUACACACUUCAGGUCCUGGGCGGCCGAGACUCCGAGUUCAAGCAGGUGUUCAAGGGCGAGGAGACGUGCUUCCAGCUCUUCAGCCUGCAGUGGAACACGGACUACCGCCUCCGCGUGUGCGCCAGCCGCCACUGUCCGGACACGGCGCAGGAGCUGAGCGGCGCCCUCAGCCCGUCGGCCCACUUCACGCCGCGCCGCCUCGAGCCCGCGCUGGCCUCCGAUGCCGCCGCCGCCGCCGCCGCCACCCCGCCGGCCGUCAAGGCCUUCGGGGUGACCUCCACGGACGGACAGUUUGCCACCCUCAUCGUGGUGGGCCUGUCCUCGCUCUCCUUCCUCCUGGCCUUCCUCCUGCAGCUCUUCCUCAUGGAGUAGAGCUGUCCAACCAUUGGGUGAUGUAAAGGGAAAACAAAACGAAACAAAACAAAACAAACGUGAAAUUAUGGGAUGAAAAGAAAGAGAGGAUGGAAACUUGAGGGAUGUUUCUUUAUAUAUAAGAGGACACACCGAUCCUCACAUUAUAGAUUUAUAUAUAAAUAUAUAUAUAUAAUAUUUGGGAUAUUUUUAAAAGUCCAGUUCUUUUUUUUCCCUGUUAUAGUCUCCUAUACAAUUCCAUUGUCUGUACUGUACGUCACAUUCCAUUUUUUUCUGUGUUUUAGCCCUUGUAUCUGUCUGUAAGUUGUUUUUAUAUGUCUGAGGAGUGGGAUUGUAGUGCGUCUUUGUUGCGCCAGUUUUGAAACCACAAUCCUUCAAAAAAAAGGUUUUGCAAAAGUAUUUUUAUACUUUUUUUUAAUGGUUUUUAGGUCCAUGACUGAAACACAAAUUGUUCUAUUUUCUACAUCGAAAAAUUGAUGUUUGGUCCUAUUUUUCCUCUAAGCUUGUUCUCUAAGUGUAUUUAUAUAUUUGUACUGUUAUAUUGUCUAUGUUACAGCUUUAACAUUUGAUGGCCGAAGGGAUUAUCCCUCCUUUUGGGUAAGAUUGGACCCGGGGCCUUUGGUGUGCUGCAGUGCUUGGUUUGAAUGAAACCAGUCCUCUGCGUAUCCUCCAUCUAAGCUACCUGUUAGGUGGGGGCUUAUGAUACCAGCUGCCCAAGUAUAGUCAGCUGACAACAUGAAAUAAAUUCCCAGAGAGCAAUGUAGAUGAGAAAUAUCAACCAACCAACCAUCGUAAACCAACCCACGCCUUGUUUGACCUGUGAUAAAAUAUUGCAUUUCAAAUGUAUAAAAAAAGGGAAACUGUCCUUGAGCCCAGAGCCUAAUCAUCAUCGUCGUCAUCAUCAUCAGCGUUGAUCAAUCCCAAAGAGUUUCACCGAGCAGACCCCUUAGUGAUGGCACGAAGCCUGGAAUGUACCUCAGGGACUUGUGUUCGAAGGGGCGACCGACAGCCUCGCGUUCCAGGGUGGCAGUGUCCAGCCCCGUGCCCUAUUCUUAUCCUUCCUAGUCAUUUCACCGGCGUGUUUCUGUCGCUUCUUUUGUCUUCAGUCAUUUCAGCCUUACCGCUCCGCUCUGCUGCCUGAUCUUCUCGUAGCCUUACGCAGAGAGUAUAGCCCGAGACUACAGUACACCCUCUUAAAGUUUACUAGCUCAGUCAUACCUUAACCAAAGUUAAUGAGCAAUUUUGUUAGGGUUUUAUUUAUGCUAUAUAUUGCAUACCGUACUUUAUAAUGCAAAUCACAGUGCAAUCUUCAUUUAUUUAUUUCUUUAAAAAAAAAAAAUCAAAAGAACCGUCAUACAUAUUUUCUCAUGUAGCAUGUCAUAUAUUUUACCUUUUUUUUGUAAUGAUUUCAUUUUACAUAUAUUUUAUAUUUUUCAAAUAGAAAAUGGCAUUCCUAACAUUUUUAAUCUUGUUCAUGUUUCAGACCUGUCAUUGAUGUUUUGAUUCCUUUUUUUUAUAAUGCACAUCUGUCCAGAUAAUGAAGUGAAUAGGUGCUGUUUGCAAAUGAUGCACACCCAUCCUUGUUGCUGAGACCCACACACAUGGCAUUAUGAUGUUAAUCAAAAAGUGACGUGUGGAGAGCCAUAACAAUACACUCAGCUUGAACUGAUCACACGUUCCUGGAGUUCUGAUUCUUUUUUUUCCUGUCCCCUCCUGUCCACUUUUGUGACAACGAGUUGUUAGUCUUGACAAAUGAUCUGUGAAAGAGCAAUGUUGUCUUAACCCAGACUUAAUCCCAGCACACUGACCUUUUUCUAUUGGCGUCAAUCAGUUUUGUAUUAUAAGAACGUUUUCUUGAAUUUUAAUAUUGACACUUGAAGAUUUGUUUAUCUUUCCUUGAAGAUGUCUUGAAAAUGUUACCCCUAAAAGAUGUUUUUUUUAUGUUAACUUGAGCUUAAAAGAAAAUUCAUUCCAUAUUGCCAUUAUUUCUAACUAUAAUCAAUUGAUUUUUUUAGAGUUCAUCAAUAAUUGUACAUUGUAAUCAUAGACAUCAUAUAAAAUACUACCAUAUCAACUUUAAUGUAUAGAUUUUGAAAAUACUACCCUUUGUAUUUAAGAUGAUUAUGUAUCUGUAGCAUAUAUGUAAUAUAUUUAUGCACAAUAAAUGUUUAAUUUUUUUUCUCUCGGA